CUCUCUCUCUCUCUCUCUCUCUCUCUCUCUCUCUCUCUCUCUCACACACACACACACACACACACACACACACACACACACACACUCUCACACACACACACACCUCGGGAGUGUUCAGAGAUAGGAAGCGGUAGGCCUGACUGAAGCCUCGGCCUGGCGUGAUGUCGGAGCCGAAAACGGCCGCUCCGGCGCCCGGAGACACCUACAAGGGCUGGCUGUUCAAAUGGACCAACUACAUCAAGGGAUACCAGCGGCGAUGGUUCGUGCUGAGCAACGGCCUGCUGUCAUAUUACAGGACCCAAGCAGAGAUGGGCCACACAUGUCGUGGCACUAUAAAUCUGGCUACAGCCAACAUCACAGUGGAGGAUUCAUGUAACUUUGUGAUCUCAAAUGGUGGUGCACAGACAUAUCACCUUAAGGCGACCUCGGAGGUGGAGCGACAGCGCUGGAUCACGGCCCUGGAGCUUGCAAAGGCAAAAGCUGUGCGCAUGCAUGCAGAGUCAGAUGACUCUGGGGACGAGUGUGCCUCCUCUCCACCGAUGGCAGGUCAAGGUGUUGGGACUCGUAACCCAGACUCAGUCCAGUCCACGCUUAGAACUCUGGGAAGCAAAGUGGAGGACCUCAGUACAUGCAACGACCUCAUUGCCAAACAUGGCUCUGCCCUCCAAAGGUCUUUGUCCGAGCUGGAGAGCAUUAAACUGGGUGGAGAGACGAGUGAUAAAAUCCGGCAGGUGACGGAGAGGGCCACUCUGUUCCGCAUAACAUCUAAUGCCAUGAUCAAUGCAUGUCGGGACUUCCUGUCCUUGGCUCAGGCUCACAGUAAGCGGUGGCAGAAAGCUCUUCAGGCUGAGCGCGAGCAGAGGGUUCGUCUUGAGGAGACGCUGGAGCAGCUGGCCAAGCAGCACAAUCACCUGGAGAGAGCAUUCAGAGGAGCAACCGUGCUGCCUGCCUCAUCCAGUAACACCACUGCUGAUAGCAAAGGCUCAGCUGCAGCAAAGGGUGACGCCAGUGAUGAUGAGGAGAACGAGUUUUUUGAUGCAUAUGAGGAGUUUAUCACCGUCCCAGCUGACCCCAAAUACCACAGGAGGUCAGGCAGUAAUAUCAGUGGGAUCAGCAGUGAGAUGGGGAUGGAUGACGGCACCACAUCGUUGGAUGAGCAGUCUCUAAUGUCCAAUGCGGAGUCUCCUCAGUCUCAGGAGGUGGAGCCCGUGAGGAAGAGGAGAACCCGUAUCCCAGACAAACCCAACUACUCUCUCAACCUCUGGAGCAUCAUGAAGAACUGCAUUGGCAAAGAGCUCUCCAAAAUCCCCAUGCCUGUGAACUUUAAUGAGCCGAUCUCCAUGCUGCAGCGUUUGUCGGAGGAUCUAGAGUACUCUGAGCUGCUGGACCGAGCCGCUAAGUGCCAGAGCUCACUGGAGCAGCUUUGUUAUGUAGCGGCCUUCACAGUGUCGUCUUAUUCUACUACCGUACACCGUACAGGAAAACCAUUCAACCCUCUGCUGGGAGAAACGUUCGAGCUUGACCGCCUGCAGGAGAGUGGUUACAGAUCCCUCUGUGAACAGGUGAGUCAUCAUCCUCCUGCUGCAGCUCAUCAUGUCAUCUCUGAGCGAGGCUGGACCCUGAGGCAGGAAAUCACUGUGGCCAGCAAGUUCAGGGGCAAAUACCUCUCUAUCAUGCCUCUCGGGUCUAUUCACUGCAUGUUUGAGAAGAGUAAUAAUCACUACAGCUGGAAGAAGGUGACCACAACGGUGCACAACAUCAUUGUAGGAAAGCUGUGGAUAGACCAGUCAGGAGAGAUUGAUGUGAUAAACCACAGAACAGGAGAUCGCUGCCACCUGAAAUUUGCUCCUUACAGCUACUUCUCCAGAGAUGUGGCCAGGAAGGUUACAGGUGUGGUGACAGAUAAGGAUGGUAAAGCUCACUAUGUGCUCUCUGGGACAUGGGAUGAGAAGAUGGAGUAUUCUCGGGUAAUGCAGAGCAGCCGAGGAGGAGAGAACGGGACAGAAGGACGCCAGAAAACUGUCUACCAGACGCUCAAAGCUCGAGAGCUAUGGAAGAAAACUCCUCUGCCAGAUGGAGCAGAGAACAUGUACUACUUCUCAUCACUGGCAUUGACCCUGAACGAGCCUGAGGAGGGUGUGGCCCCCACAGAUAGCCGGCGACGCCCAGAUCAGAGACUGAUGGAACAGGGGCUCUGGGAUGAAGCCAAUGCUGAGAAACAGCGGCUAGAGGAGAAACAGCGCACUGUGAGGAGAGAGAGAGAGAGGGAGGCGGCUCAGCUCGCCAAUACUGAAGACAGUGAGGCUCUCAUUGAGGACUCCAUAACUGACUCGCCUCUAAAAAGUGUCCCACAGGAUUCCUACAAGGCCCUUUGGUUUGAUCAGCAUGAAGACCCAACAACAGGAGAGCUCACACAUGUCUACAGGGGGGGGUACUGGGAGGCUAAAGAGCAGGGCGACUGGCACUUCUGCCCUGAUAUUUUCUGAGUUAGCAGCCUGUCUGGACUGGACUGUUCCUGCAACCUUUAAAGCAUACAUCAAUUUGGCCUGCUUUCUCUCCCCUAUGUUGGGAAGCUGGAUGCUUGUAUGAACUGCCACAUCUGUCUUUUCUCAGAAACACUAGAUCAACCCCACCAUAACCCACACACGACCGUGCAAAGGAAAUACCAGUGGGCAGCCCGGACCAUCGCUCCACACCCUGCUGUGAUUUCCUGUUCACUUCCUCUUCUGUCCGUCAGUGUUAAUGUCUCUGAAGGACGUGUCUUCCACAGGGGGCAUGGCCUAUCGGGGCAUGACAUAUCCAGGCAGAUUCUAGAAUGAUUAGUUUUAUCUACAUUAAACAACCUGAAGAUAUUGAAGGAUGAGGUUUUUGGCUUUAAUGGGUCGAUAUUUCUGUUUUUCACACAAUCAUAUGUUAAAUAAAUAAAUUCACACAUUUCUGUUCCCACAUGGUAUAGAAACACAACUUGCACUAAAGUGUGUAGCAGAGUUACACAAAAACUAGUGCCUGUGUGGAGUCACAUACACACUCCCUUCACGUUCACACUACUGAGCACAUUGGUGUGCGUGUGUGUGUGUAUGAGCGAGUGUGUGUGUGUGUGUGUAUGAGCGAGUGUGUGUGUGUGAGCGAGUGUGUGUGUGAGCGAGAGUGUGUGUGUAUGAGCGAGUGUGUGUGUGUGUGUGUGUGUAUGUAUGAGCGAGUGUGUGUGUGUGAGCGAGUGUGUGUGUUCUAAAAGCCCAGGAGGGAGCUCUUCAUAUCGACUCACACGUGUGUGUUUUGAGAUUUAUGGUAUGUUCUGUUUUGUUAAUUGGGGAAAUAGAGAUCAUUUUAUUUUGAAGUGUACUUACAUAUGAACACUGAAUAAACUCUCAAUGAUCGUG